AUGGAUAAACUAAUGUGGAAACAUUAUUUACAACAUGUGACGAAUAAUGAUUAUAAUGUACGAUUGACUGCCGGAGAAAGUCUUAAUAAAUUUGUUAAAAAUUUAAAAGAAGCAAAUUUAACAAGAAUUCCGGUUGAAUUAUAUCGAACUAUAAAACAUAAUCCUAAUGUUGGACCAAAUGCUUUAAAAGAUCAAUUACUUGAACAUCAAAAUCAAAAUGCUAGUACACGUUUAAUAAUUGAUUAUCUUGAUUUAAUAAAAAAAAUUCUUCAAUUACUUCGUUAUUCAAAUUUAUUUGAUUUUGAUCAAUUAUUAAUUUCAACCCAAAUUGGAUCUAUAGAAGAAAUUCGUGUUAGUGAAGCCUUAAAAACAGCUUAUUCAACAUGUCAACGUUGA